AUGGACUACGUGAAUCAUGGAAAAUUGCCGCUCAUGACAUUGAAACGAACUGGGUUGAAGUGGCUGGUUCAAGUUGAAGCUGUCCGUGAAUUCGAUAAAGGAACCGAUAGGCGUUCCAUAACUGACCCGAUAAAUAUUUGCGACAAUGAAUUAAAGAAGAAAAUUGUUAAAUGCGCAUCAAAACUGUAUGGCGCCGCGAAUCGAGUAAAAUCAAUUCUCAUGGAAAAAGACAAGCUCGACGCUUUUAUUGCCAACCUUGACCGGUCCGAUAAAGUGGUUAUGUCCUUUUUGGAUUCUUUGGAUCUGGAUCUUGAUGGACGAGCCCCUGAACCCAUGCCAAAAAAAAUUGUUGAAAUCAAGGAAGAAAAUAUCGAAAACGCUGAAUCGGAGAAGAAAGAAGACGAUUUCGGUGAGAAAGUCGACUACGAUGCAGGGGAAAGCGGAUCAAAAAUGGAUAAAAAACUAAUUGAUUUGGAGGAAGCCGCUGAUCCUGUCAUCAUCGUUGACGAUGUUCAAGAAGAACGAUUUGUGCAUCUCGACGAAGCUUAUUUUAAUAACGAAGACAUCCAAGAGCUAAAAAAAGGAGAAACUUUCAAAUUGCCGUUGAAUGCAGAUGACUGUCGAUCGAUGCUUAUUGAACUGUCAACGCUUCAUGAAGAACAAUUACUGAUUACCUAUGAUCGCGAAGAAAUCAGACAGGAUGGGCUAGUGGACAGCCAUAACAUCGAUUUGUUCUUUGGCUUGCUCGAAAGAUAUGCCAAGCAGAAUAACGUUGAAGUCAAGUUUUACAACCAUCUUUUCUGGUCAAUUGCUAUCAAGGAGAUGGAUUUACAGCAUUUUCAUCCAAUCGAUUUGCCAAAAAAAGCAGUUUUUCCGAUGUUCGUUGAUACAAAAUGUAAAACAGGUCAUUGGAUGUUAGGAGCGGAACUCAAAAAAAUUUGUUAG